CCAUUUAUUUUUCAGGAUUUUUCCAAGGGGAUCGCCCCUGUUCUUUUCUGCCUCCCUUCCCUCCGGGCGAGCGGCAGCCCCCGGCUGUGGCCGGCGGCGGUGCUGCCGCCUUGUGGACAGAGAGCGGUACUGCAGCCCCCCCCAGCCAGCGCCCUGCCCCUCGCCGCUGGGUGCCGGCUGAGGGGGGAAGGACGGCUGCCGAGCGUGGGAAGGGCGAGGCGCGGGAGGGAGCGAGCGGCAAGCGGGGCGGUGUCUGUAAAUAGAGGGGAGGGGUGAAGGAGAUUCGGGAGAGCAAAGGGACCCGAUGACCGAGAAGAAGGGCAGCGGCGAGGGCGGCCCGGCGGGGCCGCUUUCGGCGGGCGGCGGAGGCGCGGUCGCAGCGCUCACGGGCCGGGGGCGGCGGGCGGGGGGCGAGCGGCGUCGGAACAGGGCUGCACUCCCCUUUCCCGAUCCCCGCGCGCGUCCCUCUCUAGACGCUGGAAGCGACCGCGUGCCGGAAAAUGCCGCCGGGGCGGCGCGCAGGCGGCGGAGCGGGGCCCCGGCUUUCCCCGCCCCUCCUGCCGCCAUCUUUGGAAGGUCAAGCGAGCCGUCCCCGUCCCGCCGCGUCGCUGUCUCGUCCCGCCGCGUUCCCGCCGCCUCCCCGUGCUUCCCCGCCGUCUCCACUCUGACACGAUCCGCCCCCGUCCCGGACCCCCUCCGCUGCAGGGAAAUGCAGGAGAACGCGAAAGCAUCGGGGCAGAGCAGCCGCUGGAGGUGCCCGAGCCGUCUCCCCCUUGCCCGCAGGGCCGGAGUUGCCCACCGCCGGCAGCUGACAGCUACGCUGACAGCACGGGCGGCUCCGGCACACGCUUUGCCUCGCUGUGUUCCGGUGCCGUGCUGCUGCGGGAGGACGGGGCCAGCGCUCCAAAGGCCAGAGCAGAGCGCUGGCGAAUGGGAGGCGAGGAAGGCUUGGGCUAAGGAUGGAUUGCAACCGGGCUGCCUGUCCGUGCUGGAGAGUGGGAGAAGGGUCCCUGCUGGCUGCCGUGUCCUGGGUGGGCACAGAGCUCUGACCUUGGCCAGAUGGGCUGCCGGCUGCAGUUCGGUUUCUUUCUCACAGGUUUCCGGGUUUUUUGAUCCUGACGUCGCCAAAGCCUCAGGUUUGCUGAAUUGGGGCUCCUACCUGUGUGACCCGUGAAAUGUCCCGGAAGCUGAUCGAUGUCUUCCUGCUCCCGCUGUGUUCAUUUGGGCUGUGCUUCAGGCUUCUCUCCCUGGGCCCUUGCCGUUGCCGUAUCUCUUGGAUGCCGUGCAGAACGGAAUCAGGCAGCCAAGCCUCAGGUUCACCUUCUCCCUCACCCUCUGCGCUGCUCGUGUGGCACAGCAGAUCCUGAAGCCAGAGGAGCACGUGUACAUAAGGGUAAAGAGAUUCCUUCUGUCACACCGGUAUUUGGACCUGAGGAAGGUACCAGGUUUUCUCCAGCUUUUCUACAGUUUUGAUUUUGAGCGCACAAGGAGUUGUGCUGUGUAUGCUCUGUGAGCACAAGAAAAGAAUGUUCUGCCCCGGCUAGCUACAAUUCCUCUUUGAGUUUAGGCUAGUAACUUGGAGUUCAACUGAAGUAUUUUAGAAACAGCAACUUCUAAAAUUCCAUUUCCACUGCAUGUUUGGGCUGCAGACUGACUGUUCCCAAUGGAUGUUAGCGAUUAAAUUUGAUAGGAAUGGAAAUUGAGAAGUCCAGAAGAAGCUGUGGUAAUUCCUGAGCUGGCACUCAGAGGGAACCGGGGUUUUGUGCUCUUAGGAGCAUGUAUCCUUUGGAAAUGUCUGAAUGUCUGACGGUGGUAUUUUUCUUUAUGGC